CAAGGACUAGCCACGUGCAAGUCAAGAGACCAAAGAUCAUAGUGAACAUUUCGGAAGCCAACUUGGAUAUCCUUUGAUAUCUUGAAAAGUUUAUCUCCGAAACAAGAGUAGAGCCAGAAGUAUGAGCCGUUUUCAGCUUACGCUGACUAUUCUGCUGUUAAUAGCUGCCCAUGCUGCUGCUUUGAAAUGUUUCACCUGCAAAGGUACUGAUAAAUCAUGUGGCAAGAGAAAGUUGGAGGGCAAUAAGACCUUCUAUUUGCAAACCUGUUUGGCAGGGUUUGACAGGUGUAUGAGAACUUGGACAAAAGACAAAGAUGGCGUAACUGAGGUGUUUAGCUCAUGUGCAAAACAAUCUCUCUGCGAACAGGCGAAAGAACGCUGUGAGGAUAACGACCAGAAAUGUGCGGUUGGUUGCUGCUCUAACGACGCAUGCAAUGCAAGCUCCACUAUCGUCAUCAACAUUAUUUUGUUCAUCACGUGCUUUGGUACUGGCCUGACUCUACUUACGUGAUGCGCCAAAGACUAGAGCGAUGCUCGUCCUUUAUUUUUCGUAUUGAUUUAAUUUUUCUGUUACUUUUGACAGGUGGCCCAAGCGUGCUAUAUGUGAUUUCGAGAUUUAAAGGCCAUAAAAAGGAAUAUCUAAUAUGCUAAAUAGAUGAGUAUUGACUGGAAUAGUGCAUGCCAAAAAUUUCCUCGGUAUGAGCUCCGCUCUCAUGACUUGCGGUUGCCUCCACUCGAUGGAAAACGCUGUCGGAGAUUAUUCAAAGUUAAUUAAUUUCCGGUUGAGUUUUUGCUAUAAGGUGACAACAGGCAGAGGUGACAGAUAAUUUGGACAUUUGGGGAUGGACUGUGUGCGUUUGUCUCACGAUAGAGUCACUUUUGAUGUUGAUCGCGACGAUUGCCAGUCUUCAUCAGGCGAUGAGGUCGAUUGUUGACGUGUCGCUAUUUGUAGCACGUUGGUACGCUGCUAUUUGUGCAUUUCGAUCCUCAUUAACACCAGUAGCAGCGUACUAACGUGCUACAAACAGCGACACGUAAACAAUCGACCUCAUCGCCUGUUGAAGACUAGCAGUAUUGCAGUCGAAACGUUGCGAUCAACAUCAAAAGUGGCACUAUCGUGAGACAAACGAACAAAGUUAAUCUCUUAUCUUACACCACGAUGAACAAUAAACACAUAUUUUGUUACACAAUUUGGACAUUGAGGACAAUAUGAUCAUGUUAUAUAAUUGAGGGAGACCAGAGGGUGAGAGGAGUACAGUG